GCCCGGGCCCGCUGGGUGCCCGCGCGUCCUGUCGCGACCCAUCGCGACCGGCGGCGGUCCCGGCCCCUCGGCGCUGCUCGGGACAUGGCGGCGCGGCGGGGGACUCGGUCCCGGUGCCGCACUCCCCCUGGCAGGAAGGAAAAGACUUUGGAACAGCCCUGUUCAACUAUUGCAGAAGAGCCCGAGCCUGAGCCUGUUCCAUAUGUUCUGCAAGGAGAGGACAUCCAGGCACUUGAAAUUAAGGUGGAGGACCUGGAGAAACUUCAUGCUCCACGCCUUCCCCAUGAUGCUGGGAGAAUUCCAGUUCAGAAGAAUUACCUUCUCCGCAAAUACCGACCCAAGGAGGUGGCACAUCUCGUAGCACAUCCUGUUCACCCCAGGGCACCCAGGGGACCACUGACUUUUCCUGGACCAAGAAAGUUUGAGGAUGGCUGUGAAGAGAUCCUCCCUCAUCACAUUUUGGGAAGUCUCCAGGAGUUAAAGAUGGAGGCCUUGGCCAGAAGAAACACUCAGCUAGCAGAUGCUAUUAAGGUUCCUCAUCCAGAUGUUACUGCAGCAGCUUUAAAAGAGGAACAUGGAGGAGAGAAGAAAGAAAAGGCACACCAGGCCAAACUAGCAGAGCACAAAGCUUUCCAGAACUGGAACCAUCAUAUGGCAAUGAGGAAAAAGCAGGAGAAACACCUAGGAGAAAUUCUUCACAAGCCAGAGAAUGAAUUGCUGAUGAACAUGUCAGACAAUUACAGGCAAAUUCAGGAAGAACGUGACCUCAUUGACCGGAGUCUCCCUGCCCUAUUUCCUGGAAAGGGAUACCGAGUAGGAAGUGAGUUCUGGAGCCUUCCUGAGCAAAUUGGGGAUGAGCUCACCGGGCUGACUCUGACCCUGACUCGGACAGAAUGUGGGCACCCAGAGCCAUUCACUCAUGUGGGGAAACCUCGAACUGUCCAGAGGGAAACAGGUCUGAAGCCUCCAAAGAAGAUUCCUUGCCACCUAAACUGGGAUAAGAGUCUUUUCCUGAAACAUCGACGGCAGGAGCUAAAAUCUCUCCUAGAGGAGCUGGGCUUUUUUAAGCCGGAUCUGGAAGGACUGGAGGUGAUUGGGAAAGGGCAGCCUUUCACAUCUGUCUCAGCUGAGGCUUUUCGAGAUGCCACCAUUUCUGAAGAGAUUGAGACCCUCAGUGAUCCCUUAGGUGACUCCUUCACUGUGGUUCCAGAAGCUGAAAAGGUUCCAUCUUUAGUUUUCUGUGGCCAGCCUGCUCGUUGGAUCAAGGGCGUCACUGCUUGCAGGAAGGAAAUUGGCAUUGCUGCCCGGGUCACCUUUGAGACUCUGGCUAGUGAGAAGGCUGAAAGCUUCCUGACAGUGACCAAUGAUGGCAGAGCUGCCAUUUGGUACAACUGGAUGAGGCUCCCCCAGCAGAUCCCCUCCAGAGGAGCCAAGGGGAGGAGGAUGCCCUAUUUUUACUUCGAUACCAGACCAGGUGUAAUUUUGCCUGGAGAAACUCGGAGGUUUUCCUUUAUUUUCAAGUCAGAGAGAGCAGGCAUUUUCAGUGAGCCCUGGGAAUUUAGGACACAUCCUCUGUUAUUAGGAGGAACUCUGCUUCAGGUGACCCUUUGGGGAAUUGCUGUGUAUGAGGAUAAAUUGGCUGACUUCAGAGAGAAACUGGAGAGUGAGCUGGCUGCUCGAGAAGGUGCUGCAAUAGUGAAAGACAGCCUGAAUGAACUUCUUGACCAAAUUCGGACACCCGAGCGCACCCCAUCUCCUGUGGAUGCCUGUGUCACAGAGGAAGAGCUGUUCCACAGGAAAAAUCCCCAGUUGCAUUAUCAGCAUCAAGUGAUAAAGCAGCUGCAUAAACUAUGGAGACAGCACCUGGCUGUUCCUUCAGGCUUGGAGAAGGAAGUGCCCUUGGACCAGAGGAGAGCUGCAGAGGACAUGGAGUACCAAGAGAACACCUCAGAGCCUCCCUCUGCCCAGAGCAGCACCACUGAGCUCACACGUGGGAAGUACACAUCAGAGGAGGCUCCAAGGGAAAAGAGCAUUGAGGAGGAUGAAGCAGGUCCUUCAGGAUGGAACCUUUCCCUCGAGGACUUUAAACAGGCUAUAAUGUCAAUCCCAGAGGAGGAGCAGCGGGAAGAAGCACUGACCCAGCUCAAUAAGGCAGCUCUGGAGCUGUGUGUUGAACAGAGGCCAACUCAGUCAGAGCUUCUGUAUCCACUCUGCCUCCAGCUGUGGCGUGGAGCAAUUGAUGACCUGGUGAGUCACUCUCUGAGGCUGAGAUCCCUGCUUGGUUUGAUUAAGAAGGAUACCUAUGUAGAAGCUGUUCCAGAGGAAACAGAGGAAGUAAAGCAAGGAGGAGCAAAUAAAGGAGGAAAGGAAGACAAAAUAAUUACUAAGAAAGAAGAGAAAAAGGAUAAAGAAGGCAAGAAAAGCAGAGGGACAUCAGGGAAAGAGAAAGUGGAUCAUUCAGGCAGCAGAAAGCUGAAAACAAAAGAUGAGAAACAAGGAUCUUCCAUUUCAGUGCAGGACAUGAAAGGUGGGGCAGAGUCCAUCAAAGGAAGAGAUGAGAAGCAGACAGUGAAAGAGGGAGCUGAAAACACAGAUGGGGCAGAACCUGCUCAGGAGCAGGCAGACUCUAUUGCACUUGAAACAUACCAGGAAAAGCUCUAUAUUGAAGUGAGUCUGACCAAAGCUUGUAUCAUUGUCUUGGUUUUGUUCUUUUCUUGUAAGGCACACUCAGGCUCAGGGGGAGAGGCAGGAAUUUUGUUAAACUCAGAAAACUGGCAGACAUAUGUCCCUUGUGCUGCAGCAAGGUUUACAGGCUGCUGGAUUCAAUGGUGAGUGAAAUGGUAUCUUUAUUUGAGGAUGUAAAGCAGUAACAUGCUCUGAAGUGGAAGUGAAGCCCUCUGUAUGUAGAAAUAAACUUGCUUUUAAAAAAAUGAAAUAAAUAACCAUGUUUACACAGA